AAUAAACAUAAACAAAAAAUUUGAUGUAUGUAUGUAUGCAAUAUUCUAUGUUAUAGAACCUAUAUUUGAAUUUGAAGCUCCAGCAGUGUGAUUUAAAUUAAAUCAAAUAGAGAGAAUGGCAAGCAACAAUAGUCAGUGUAGUGAGCACAUUUCCCAAGACCAAUUUUCCAAUUGUGUGGUGGAUCAUGUAUUCUCAUAUGAAGGCCAGUAUAAAUUGUUCUCAGAAAAAAACAGAAAGAAAGAGGAAGGCCAUUAUAAGUCUUGUUGCAUGUGAAGGUGAUGCGGGAGCAUCUAUUAGACUUUCCUAAUCUAAGCGGGCAUCAGCCAAUAAGGCUAAGUUUUAGUUAUAUUAAAUUAAUAGGUUAUUUUAUUACUUGUUUUCCUAUUCUUACUAGGAUUUGGUUUAAUUUCCUGUUUAGGUUUUUAAUUCCUAUUUCAAUUAGGUUUUCUAUAUUCUAGUAUAAAUAGGCUAUUAAGAGACUCUUGUAUUUAGUUUUUGUUGAUGAAUAUAAUUUCAGACUUUAGUCUAUAGAGUUUCUAUUGGGAUUUUGCCCUAGAACUCAAUUAUCUGCGUUCCAACUUCGAUUCUAUUGCUUUAUCCUUCUAUUCUCUAUAUUUUGGGUAUGUUUGCGUCGCUGGACAGCAGCUUAUAGCCGCUGCCCUGCAUCAAAUUGGUAUUAGAGCCUAGGUUAAUCCUUGUUCCACAGCAUGGUUGGACGUGCUAGAGGUCGUGGACGAGGGAACCAAGCCCAAAACACAGAGAUGGCUGAGAUGCGGCGUAUGAUGGAAGACUUGUCGAGAGCGGUGCAAGCCCUCCAACGACAGGAACGAGCGGAUGCCUAUAUGGAGAUUCCGGAACGCAACCGCGGACCCUUACACAUACCGGAAGGUGGUGGUGAGGAUGAAUAUGAAGACGAGACGGAUGUCGACAACCCUUUUCAUGAAGCUAGAAACCAUGCUGAUGGUCAUCGAGGUGGAUUGGAAGAACGGUUAGUUCGUGCGUUGGAUUUGAAUGGUGGAGGAAUUAAAAUUGAAGUUGUUGAUUUCUAUGGAAAGAUGCAUGUCGAAGAUUAUUUGGAUUGGGAGGCAAGUCUAGAGAAUUAUUUUGAAUGGAAGCCUAUGGCAGAAGAUCGCAAGGUGUUGUUUGUAAAGCUUAAAUUGAAGAGUACCGCGCUUCAAUGGUGGAAGAGAGUUGAAGAGCAGCGUGCUCGGCAAGGGAAGCAGAAGAUCAACACAUGGGAUCGUAUGAAAUCCAAGUUACGAAAGCAGUUUUUACCAGCUGAUUAUACCAUGGAGUUAUAUGAGCGGUUUCAUAACUUAAAGCAACAAGACAUGUCUGUUGAAGAAUAUACGUCAGAGUUUAAUAAUCUCUCAAUUCGAGUUGGUUUGAAUGAGACUAAUGAACAGAUGACAUCUCGUUAUCUUUCUGGUUUGAAUCAGACAAUUCGAGAUGAGAUGGGGGUGGUCCGUUUGUUCAACCUUGAAGAUGCUCGACAAUAUGCUUUAAUGGCAGAGCGAAGACUAUCGCGUCGUGGUGGAAAGAGAGCAGUUUCUAGCUGCCCAGACACGGGUUGGCAAAGAGAUACUGUUGCUGUUCACGGCAUCCAAAGUGAUGAAGAAGCCAAUCCAAGUACCCAAAUAGGUGGUAGGAACUUGGGGGUUGAUAAGAGUGAAAAUAGGGAGGAAAUAAAACAAUUUCAUCCUCCAAACAGGGGUAAUGUCAGGAAUUCCACGGCUGGAAGUCCUUCACAAGCUCGAUGUUUCAAUUGCGGAGAGGCGGGGCAUAAAUCUUACGCUUGUCCACAAAGAAGAAUAAAUUUGGUAGGUACUAAGAUCAACUUUCCAGAACCAGCGUAUGAUGUUUAUGGCAACGAAGAGGAAGUUAUUGAUCUCUUACCAGUUGAAGGAGAAUGUUUGUUGGUAAGGCGAGUGAUGACAACUCCCAAAAUUGAGGAAGAAGAUUGGCGCCGACAUAAUAUAUUCCGAACACGAGUCCUUUGUGGGGGAAGGGUGUGCAACGUGAUUCUUGAUGGAGGAAGUAGUGAAAACAUUAUCUCAAAGGAGGCGGUAGAAAAAUUGAAGUUACCAAUUGAGAAGCAUCCUAAUCCCUACAAGGUGUUUGGUUAAAUUUACUAUUGGUAAUACCAUUGAGGAUGAAGCUUGGUGUGAUGUUGUUCCCAAUGACGCAUGUCAUAUCUUAUUGGGAAGACCAUGGUUGUUUGACAAAGACAUGAUGCAUUCCACUAAAGCCAACACCUAUUCAUUCUAUAAGGAUGGGAGAAAGUGGACUUUGCAACCGCUUGAAGAAGGAUUCUGCCAUGAGUUUGACAUUGAGAGCAAGGAGGUGGCGUCUGUGUAUCCACUUGUUACUAAGAAGGAUGUUGAGGGAGCUUCGAAUAAAUUAGAAGAUGACAAUAUCCUAAAUUUAGAAAACCCUCCCGUGUUUGACUGUUGUUUGGAAGAAGACUGUGAAGUUUGUUUGGGAAUUGAGCAAGCUUUUGACAAGGUAUUUGGUGAUAGUAAACAAGCUAAAUCUAGGGUAAACUUGAAGGCAGUGAAUCACGAAGAAGUUGGGUUUGAACUUUUGAAGCAACACAAUCAACCCACGUUUGAAGGAAAGGUGAUUGAAGAAAUUCUUGAGGGAAUUGUUGGAGAAGAGAUGAAUUCCUUCA